GCAAACAGAGGCUGGAGAAAGAGCGUGAGAACAGGUUUUGAUCAGGUUUUAUUCUCACACACCCUUCACAAGCCAGGAUUACUUUGAAGGAAGCUACAAGAAGAUCAUGCAGUGCCCACAAUCUCCAGGGCGAAUCCUGUCGGAGGAGCAGUUCUCCUGCUCCAUCUGUCUGGAGGUCUUCAUCGAGCCCGUCUCCACUCCCUGCGGCCACACUUUCUGUAAGGCCUGUCUGCAGGGCUUCUGGAAUCACAGCAAGAAGUUCAUGUGUCCCAUGUGCAAGAAAACCUUCUCCAGAAAACCAGAGCUCAGCGUCAACUGUGUGCUGGCCGAGAUCGCAGAACAGUUUCAGGGUCUGUCCACGAUGUCCUUGGUUCCUGAGUUUCCAAAUUCCCCACAGAAAGAGGACGACUGGGGAGACUUCGCUAAAGCGGGAGAGGUGCCCUGCGACGCCUGCAUCGGCCGGAAGAUGAAGGCCAUGAAGUCAUGUCUGAGCUGCCCGGGAUCGUUCUGCGAAGCUCACCUGCGACAUCACAAGAAGGGGAAGGCGAUGAACUCGCACAAGCUGGUGGAGCCCAUACACAACCUGGAGGACAAGAUGUGCAAGACACACAAGCGCCUCCUGGACGCGUACUGCCGAAACGAACACGUGUGCGUGUGUAGGGAGUGCGCAGGGUCCUCGCAUAAAGGCCACGAGCUUGUCUCCACUGAACGAGAGUGGAAGAAAAAAACGAGUCUGCUGGGAAAGAAAAGGUCAGAACUGAAACAUCUGAUCAAGGAGCGAGAAAAGAAACUGGAGGAGAUCAAGCAGUCCAUCAAAGUGCUCAAAGACAGCGGUCAGAGAGAGGUGGAGGAGAGCUGGACGGUGUACGCGGAGCUGCAGCGGCUGCUGGAACAGUCUCAGGCCGAGCUGCUGGAGCUCAUCACCACGCGGCAGAAACAAGCGGAGCAGCAGGCCAAAGACCUGGCCAGCGGCGUGGAGCACGAGCUCAACACCCUGAGGAAGAGGAGCAGCGAGCUGGACGCUCUCGCUCAGACACAGGACAGGGUGCUCUUUCUACAGUUUCUGCCAUCUCUUCCUCCUCCAGCGGAGCCGUCUGAUUGGUCCUCUGUGUCCGUGAACACGGAUCUGUAUCUCAGCACCAUCAGGAAGUCUGUCUGCUCUCUGGUGGACAAGUUCCAACACGAGGUCAAACGACUUUAUGGGAAAGAACUCAGGAAGCUGCAAAACUAUGCAAGUGAAGUGAUCUUGGAUCCUGCCACAGCUCAGCGUGAUCUCUGUCUGUCCGAGGACGGCCGGCAGGUGCGCUAUGAUGAGCAGCGUAAGAGCUCCACACACUCAGACACGCCGCGCCGCUUCAGCCCAGCGCUGUUUGUCCUGGCGCGAGACGGUCUUUCCUCCGGCAGACACUACUGGGAGGUGGACAUGGGACACAAGACCGCUUGGACAGUAGGAGUGGCCCGGGGGUCAGCGCGACGCAAAGGAGAGAUCCGCCUCAGUCCAGAAGGAGGCUUCUGGUGUUUAUGGCUGAAGAGUGGAGAAGUGAAAGCUCUCAGUUGUAACAGAGUUCCUCUGCAUCUCGCCACACUGCCUCAGAAGCUGGGCAUCUUCCUGGACUACGAAGCUGGACAGGUGUCCUUCUAUGACGUGAAGACAUGCUCUCAUCUCUACACAUUCACUGAUGUGUUCACUGAGAGUGUCUAUCCCAUUUUCAGCCCUUGCAUCAAUCAGGAUGGAAAGAACCCCGGAGCGCUGGCCAUCACCGCCGUUAAACACAGCUGAGCCGGCAAACUUAUCCGAUGCAUGAUAUUCUGUCUAAAUGGUCUUUCAAAAUGGAUUCUGGACAAAUAAAACACUUUUUAUAAGUUUUAUCUGUAAAUCGAAAAACACAGUGUGGGAACCAGCAUGCAUCUAGUGUAAGAAGACAAUAUGCUACUUUGAAGGAUACAGACACUUCAAAAUACAUAUACACUACUGUUAAAACGUUUGGGGUCAGUUAGAAAGAAAUGUAGUCUUAUUCAGAAAGGAUGCAUUACAUUGAUCAAAAGUGAUAGUAAAUACAUUUAUAUUGUUACAAAAGAUUUAUAUUGUUUCAACAUUGAUAAAAA